CUAUCUUUCGUGCUGACACCUCUCUUCCGUCUCAGCGUCUUCUCUGAACUUCAGUUUGGAUCUGAUGAUUAUGAGAGGAGUGCUCUGUAACUAUCUCUGCAAAUCGAAUAUGACUACGAUUUUCUCAUGAGAAGCCGCGCCAGUUUCUGAAUCUCAUCCUUUCCCACAUAUGGAUGUGCUGAAGGAAUGCACCCAGUUUAACAUGAGGGGAUACAUGUCAUAGAAGCCAAGAGAUGAAAGGUGGAAACAUCAUUAAGCUAAGGGGGGGACAUCUUUCCAUUGUCUUGGUUGUUCUUAUGCUUGCAACCAUGUUGUUAUGGGCUUGGGAUAAAAGCUAUUUUGCCAGUUUUCUUCCAGUAACAAGAGAGCAGUUUAUGAUACCAGUUUCAGAAUAUGUAGUGGACGUGUCAAAUAGUUCCUCAAUAUCGACUAAGUCGAAAGACGAAAUGGCUAAGUCAGAGGAUGAGAUAGCUAAGUUAGAGGAUAAAAUGAAGGAAAGAAGUAACAAUACUGAUGAAAAAGAGCAGCCAGGACUUCUUAUCCCAAAAAAAGAACAGCCAGGAAAAAGCACGAACUACUCAGAUGCUGGUUCUGUCUCCAAGCCCACUCCUCCAUUGAAAGAACGCGAAGAUGGCGUUACCUCGUCUUCUUCGGCAAAAGUGUGCAACUACGCCAAAGGUAGAUGGGUUGAAGACAGCAGGCGGCCAUGGUAUUCUGGAUUACAAUGUAAAAAAUGGCUAUCAAUAAUGUGGGCUUGUAGACUUACAAAAAGAAAGGACUUUUCUUAUGAAGGAUAUAGGUGGCAACCCGAAAAUUGCUACAUGCCAGAGUUUGAGCGUUCUUCAUUCUUGAAAAGAAUGCAGGACAAAACGAUAGCAUUUAUAGGAGAUUCAUUGGGUAGGCAGCAGUUUCAAUCCUUAAUGUGUAUGCUCACUGGUGGUGAAGAAAACCCGGAAGUCGAAGAUGUGGGAAGAGAAUACGGUCUCGCCAAAGCUCCCGGGGCUCUUCGACCAGAUGGAUGGGUUUAUCGGUUUCGAAACACGAACACUACGAUUCUAUAUUACUGGUCAGCAAGCCUCUCUGAUCUAGAACCUCUUAAUAGAUCGGAUCGAGCAACGAAUAUCGCAAUGCAUUUGGACCGACCCCCAGCAUUCAUGAGAAAGUUCUUCCAACAGUUUGAUGUGUUGGUUUUAAAUACAGGACACCAUUGGAACAGGGGAAAACUUGAAGGAAAUAGGUGGGUGAUGUAUGCUGAUGGAAAACCAGCAGAAGAAAAGAAGCCUUUGGAUAUGGGGAAUGCCAAGAACUUGACUGUGUACAGUAUUGUCCGAUGGGUCGAAUCGCAACUUCCGCUGCAUCCUCGUAAUCUAAAAGUUUUCUUUAGGACGAUUUCGCCGAGGCAUUUCUUCAAUGGCGAUUGGAACACCGGGGGAUCUUGUGAUAAUAAGAUACCAUUGUCGGGCGGGAGCGAGGUCGUUCAAGAUGGAUCUACUGACAUUGUUGUUCAAAAUGCUGUUAAUGGUACCAAGGUAAAGAUCCUGGAUAUAACUGCCAUCUCUCAGUUACGAGACGAAGCCCACGUGUCGCGCUACACUCGUAGAGCUAUCCUAAACACCAGUGAUUGCUUGCAUUGGUGCAUGCCUGGCGUACCGGACACAUGGAAUGAACUUCUAAUCGCACAGAUAUAGUUUUGCUUCAUUCAUUCAUUAUUGUGGUCUAACAUACAUGCCCUGCCCUUUUGAUGAUGGAAGAGGAUCGAAACCGGGCCAAACUACGAACGCACGAACGUCGCGAGAAUUUUCAAGGCGAUUUGGUCCUUAAUUUCUUUGGUCUCUUCAACCCAUUAUUUAUUUUGAUAUCAAUUCCAUGGAUACAUUCACUC